AAUUUCAGUGUAAUCUGGUGAUUCCUGUGCUUGUAAUCCAUGGCUUCCAAGCGUUACAUCCUCCAAAUAUUUGUCUUGAUGUUCAUCUUCUUGCCUUUUACAAAUUCCAUUCACUUCAAAUUCCCGUCUAUCUUCAACUUCGGCGAUUCUAAUUCCGAUACCGGUGAGCUUAUUUCCGCCGGUAUCGAGAGCCUUGAACAACCUCAUGGCCAGAGUUACUUUCAAAUACCCUCCGGGAGAUACUGUGAUGGGCGGUUAAUCAUUGAUUUUCUCAUGGAUGCAAUGGAUCUGCCAUUUUUGAAUGCUUAUCUGGAUUCGAUCGGGAUACCGAGUUUUCGCAAAGGGUGUAAUUUUGCGGCUGCAGGAUCAACCAUCCAACCGGCUUCGGCACAAGCUGUGAGUCCAUUUUCAUUCGGAGUUCAAGUGGCUCAGUUCAUACGGUUCAAAGGUAGGGUUCUAGAAUUGCUAGCUAAAGGUAAAAGACUUUAUAAGUACCUUCCAGCACAAGAUUACUUCCAGAAGGGGCUAUACAUGUUCGAUAUCGGCCAGAACGAUCUCGCCGGUGCCUUUUAUUCCAAGACUUAUGAUCAAGUACUUGCCACAAUUCCAACAAUCUUGAUAGAAUUCGAAACUGGGAUAAAGACAUUAUAUGAUCAAGGGGCAAGAAACUUUUGGAUACAUAACACAGGACCUCUUGGAUGCUUGGCUCAAAAUGUGGCCAAAUUCGGAACCGAUCCAUCGAUCCUCAACGAGCAAGGGUGUGUCAGCAAGCAUAACCAAGCUGCUAAAGUCUUCAAUCUGCAGCUUCAUGCCCUUACUAAAAAAUUACAGGGCCAGUAUAUGGAUUCGAAUUUUACCUACGUCGACAUCUACACAAUAAAGUACAACCUUAUCUCGAAUUAUUCUAAAUUCGGAUUUGAGCAGCCUAUAAUGGCUUGUUGUGGGUUCGGCGGUCCACCGUUGAAUUAUGAUAGCCGAAUCGCUUGUGGGAAAACGAAAGAGAUUAAUGGAGCCACAGUGACAGCCAAAGCAUGCAAUGAUAGUUCCGAAUAUAUUAACUGGGACGGAAUCCAUUACUCAGAGGCUGCGAAUCAGUAUGUUUCAUCGCAAAUACUCACUGGAAAGUACUCCGAUCCACCCUUUUGGGACAAAAUGCCCUUCCUUCUCAAUCUCAAGUUCUGAAGGCUGAAUGUUACUCAUUGCUUUAACUCUUUGUAUCGACUUCUAGUAGUCACUGCAAAUGUUAUUGAUAAAAAUUACUGUAAAGAAUUAUAAUUUUAAUUGGAAGUCCAUUU